AUAUAAUAAUAUGUUGCUAAUAAGCAUCAGAAGUUUUUAAUUUUUUGUUAUUUCUCACAGUAUCAAAAUUGAAAGUGAUAGGUUCAGAAAUCAAAAUUCCAAGUGGAAUAUUUUUAAUUUUGAUAAAAUCGUACUAAAUUCAAGUUAGUUCAAAUAAUUAUUGUAUUUCUUUAUAUGUAAUCUUUAAAAUUCCAGCUAAAUUACAUUCUUCCUGAUAAUUCAAAUAUUUCAGCAAAAUGCGUGAAUGUAUCUGUAUCCAUGUGGGCCAAGCCGGGGUUCAGAUGGGGACCAGUCUAUGGCAGUUAUACCUGUUGGAGCAUGGCAUAGCAGCCGACGGAUCUGUUGACUCCAGCCUUGACAGAAACGACAGUCGUGAGACAUUCUUCGAUUGCAAAGUUGCCAACAAGUGCAUUCCCAGGGCUAUUAUGGUGGAUCUGGAGCCGUCUGUCAUUGACCAAGUACGCAGCGACCACAGAGGCCUGUUCCGUCCGAAUCAGCUGGUCUCCGGGAAGGAGGACGCAGCCAACAACUUCGCCCGCGGCCGCCUGACGACGGGGCUGCAGGUGAUCGAGACCGUCUCCGACCAGAUCCGCAAGAUGACCGACAACUGCAGCGGGCUGUCCGGCUUCCUGCUCUUCCACUCGUUUGGAGGAGGAACGGGGUCCGGGCUGACAUCGCUCAUCAUGGACGAACUGGCACAGUCCUACCCGAAGAAGUCACGGCUGCAGUUCUCUGUGUACCCGGCCCCUCAGAUUUCAACCUCAGUAGUGGAGCCCUACAACGCAGUCCUCACCACACACAUGACAAUGAACGAGUCAGACUGUGCCUUCAUGGUUGACAACGAAGCCAUCUACGACAUCUGCAACCACAAACUCAGCAUAGAGCGCCCCAUCUACCGCAACCUGAACGACCUCACCAGUCAGGUUGUCUCUUCCAUCACUGCCUCUCUCCGAUUCGACGGACAACUAAACGUCGAUUUGGGUGAGUUCCAAACCAACCUGGUUCCUUUUCCCAGGAUCCACUUCCCAUUGGUGGCCUACGCACCAAUCACAACACCGGAAACCGUCAGUCACCACGGGAUGUCCGUAACGGAGCUGACGGGGGAAUGUUUUGAACCUAGAAACCAACUGGUUAAAUGUGAUACAACAAAGGGGAAAUAUAUGGCUUGUUGUUUGUUAUACAGGGGUGACAUCGUCCCCAAAGACGUCAACUCCGCGAUUGCUACCCUCAAAGAAAAACAUACAAUCCAGUUUGUUGAUUGGUCCCCUACAGGGUUCAAAGUUGGGAUAAACUAUCAAGCUCCUUCUACAAGAUCUGGAGGUGACAUGGCACCUGUGAAUAGAGCGGUGGCUAUGCUUUCAAAUACAACAUCGAUAGCUGAUGCCUGGGCUAGGCUAAACAAGAAAUUUAAUUUGUUGUUUUCGAAGAAAGCUUUCGUACAUUGGUACUUUGAUGAGAGUAUGGAAGAGGAAGAUUUCAUAGACGCGAGAGAUGAUCUGAUGGCAUUGGAAUGUGACUAUAAUGAGGUGGCCUCCGAUACGCUUUCUUCCACGUCUUACUCUAUCUAAAGUAGUCCAAAACCAUAACAAAUGAGAGGUAAACAUGUGAAUGAGCAGCAAAAAUAUCUCAUAAAAUCUAUCUAAAGUAGUUCAAAAACAAAACAUAUAAGAGGUAAUAAACAACAUGUGAAAGCAGAAAAUAUCCCAAUAAAAUUUAUCUAAAGUAGUUCAAAAACAAAACAUAUAAGAGUUAAUAAACAACAUGUGAAAGCAGCAAAUAUCCCAUUUAAUCAAAUAAUGCUCCAACAGUAUUUUCAACAUAACAAAUAGGAUUUAUACAACAUAAGUGAGCAAUAAAUCUCACAGAUUCAAAUAGAUUAACAUGCCUCUACAACUUGACAAAAAAUAUGUAUACAAUAUAAAAAUGUGCACCAAAUAUUUCAUAGAAUCAAUAAUGCUUCAAAGCAGAAAAUAUCCCAUAUAAUCAAAUAAUGCUCCAAACGUAUUUUCAACAUAACAAAUAGGAUUUAUACAACAUAAGUGAGCAGUAAACCUCAUAGGUUCAAAUAGAUUAACAUGCCUCUUCAAUUUAACAAAAAACAUGUAUAUACAAUAUAAAAAUGUGCACCAAAUAUUUCUUAGAAUCAAUAAUGCUUCAAUAGGUAGUAUUUUCAACACAACAGAAAUAAGAGGUAGGUCCAUACAUCUAGUAUAAAAAUGUGCAGAAGAUAUCUCAUAGAAACGCAAAAUGUUCCUAUAGAUAAACAGAGUUUGAAGUGAUUCAUGAAACUUCAAAACUGAUUCAACUAUGUCACGAUACAUAACAAAUAAUCCAACAUAACAAAUAAGUGGUUAAAAUAAUUAAAUGUGCAUCAAAUAUCUCACAGAAUUUUCCAGUAGAUAAACAUGGGCUUGAAAUAGUUCAUGGAAACUGAAAACUAUUCCAAGAUAUAUAAAGGACAUAUCUACAUUGAAGUGGUUAAAAUAUUUUUCAUGAAUUAAAAAUUGUCAUAAAUAUGAGUAGCCUAUACAAGAUGAUUAAAUGUAGAUAUAUGUAAUACCAGCACAAUAGAUAAUGAUAUAGGAUAUUAAUUAUGUAAGGUUUUAUAAAAUAGCCUACAACUAAGAUGAAAAAGGAGCUAACCACUAUCUUCAAUAACAUGAAACAUAAACAAAAAACAGAAAUAGGAGCUAAACUAAAAUAUUAAAAAACAUAAAACAUGAGAAAAAAAACAUCCCAUACAAUUUCCCACAGAUAAACUUAUUAGGACAACAUGUAAUAAGUUCCUAAAAAAUAUUCCAUACUGAAUUAGGUGGACUGAUAUGUAUAACUCUCAAAGGAUAGCCUAUAGCUAGUACAAAAUAUUCGAUCCAUAUUGUUGGAUAAGCUUAUACAUUGAACACAAUAUAGUUCCAUACAGAUACUCUAGAAGAAUUCUGUACCUACUUGCUUGUUCAAUAGACUUCAAUAUUUAUUGAACACGACUACCGUAGCCCACUGGACAAAAUAUAAUUCUAUAUAGUUUAAUAAACUAAAAACAUAAUUUCUGUAAACAUAGUAAAAAAUAUUCACUUUUUGUGAAGUUUAUAAAGUCUUGGUCUUCUGAUGAAAUCACUCUCAAAAUUACUGAAAAUUGCAAGUGCAAGCGUGGAAUUUAGCACAGCCGACCGGAGGUCUUUUACUCUCAUAUAGAAUCGGAAACCAAGAUUAGUCAACCAUAGUUUGUGAUAAACCAAGUUUAUUAUUUCAGCUUUCAUCUAUUGUAGCAAUGUGAGCGCAAGAGCAAGUUUCACGGCUUUCAAUAUAUUUGACAGUGACAUACGAAAGUUGCUGUCUGUCGAUUUGUUUUAUGUAGAAAGACAUUUUGCGCGAUAGAGAGGAGCUGAGAUAGAGGACAUUCAAAACUGACUCAAACAUGAUUGUGUGUGGUACUUAAACAUUGGUGUGUGUGUAAAUGUCCUGUGUAAUACUCGUCUAUUUCUCAUAGAAAUAAGAUACUCAACUGUAAAAAAAAUUGUUCAAUAACAGAUUGUCCUGUGUGAUUUGGUGUAAAAUUUUCAAUAAAACAUUGUGAAUAAAUAAAAAUAUAAAACAAAG